GAUCACGAUGCGAUGCCCUGGCCCUUGAGCAACAAUGGGCGGAAUUUGUGCAGUCUACGAGGUGGGACUCGCCUGGCUCAGACUUAGGAGUCGGCACUUUCACCAAACGUUGUCAUAACUAGUCGUGUAUGUUAUGGUAUGCGCACAUCACAUAAUAGACCACCAGUGCAUACAAGACUAAUUCCUAGUAGAGGUGUAAACGAAUUUGGCCUGUGAGCACAGUUCAAGAUUGACAGGACUAUGGUUCUGCUCUAUUAUAGAACCGCAUUGAGAUGAAGCCCUGGUAGCUGCGGGUGGAGGAAUUCGCGCCGGGUUUGAGGAGGAGGAGGGAUGCCGGCCAGUAUCAGUCGCUCGCAGAAGAGCUCGUCGAGCGUCGGCAGCGCCUCCUCGGCUUUCCUUGACAAGUUGGAAGCUGAGGCCAGCGGCGCUGACAUCCUCGACAACAGUUCGGCCAUUCAGGCGGGCGUCUUCGGCGUGUUGUACACAGUCACGAAGGAGAAGUACAACACAGGCUGGCGCGCGCUGGUUCUGAAGCUUGUUUUGGACUACCUGCAGCUGUUCACGCUCACGUUCGCGGACACCGAGCCAUGGGUGUUCAACGAAAAGAGCCUGCUGUGGAAGAUUGCGUCGGUUGUAAAUAUCGACAAAGUUAUUGCGCCGCUGGGCUACCACUUCUUCAUCGCCAUGUUCUAUGUGAUGGUUGGCGGUCUGGUGCUGAUGGUGGGGCUGAGCUUGUGGGUGGCCUGGUGCUUCAAGAGCCGGAGCUUCCCGUCCGUCUGGCCCAUCAAGGUGCUGCGGGUGUACGCCAACCUGUUCUUCCAGGUGCUGGACGUGUUCACCCUCACGCUGUUCCAGGUGCCCUUCAACUGCCGGUUCAUUGGGUACCCAGCUGGCAUGGCCAACUACAUGGCCGCUUACCCCGACGUCGUGUGCUCCUCGUUCCCGCACCUGUUGCACAUGAUCAUCGCCGGCUGCAGCCUGCUCAUUUUCUGCGUCUGCGCGCUCCUGAACCUGGGCGCCGACUUUGAGCUGAGCCCGCUGCAGCGCGGCCUGCUGUCCGUCUCCAAUGCGGAGGUGGAGAUGCAGGCGUUCGCCAUCAAGUUUGCGCUCACGUUUGUGUCGUACGGCAUCGGCUGGCAGAAAGUGCGGCUGGUGAUGUCGCUCAUGCUGUCGGCGGGUCUGUCGUGGCUGUACCUGCGCUGGAGCCCGCACCUGGUGGCGUGGGUCAACCACGUGCGUGUGGGGCUGUACGCAACCAUCCUGCUCAGUGCCGUGCUGGCCGUGGUGCUGGUGUUCCCACCCGAGGACGAGGACAAGGCCCAGGAGCACUACAGCCUCACCACGCGGCUGCUGUGGGCGCUGAUGGGGCCCGUGUUCCUGGCGGGCGCCGGCGUCAGCUACUGCCGCCUCAACGCCUGGAGCGCCUACGUGCUGCGCCGCUUCCGCAACGCGCCGGCGGGCGAGAAGGCGCGCCGCAUCUACAAGUUCGGCGACCCGCGCGAGGUUGAGAUCGUGAGCCGUGUGUGCCGCAAGUGGGUGGACCAGCACUACGAGGUGCUGGACCGCGUGGCGGUCAAGGAGGGAGAAAUCGUGAUCAAGGCGGGACUGCAGCUGUUUCCGGGCCGCUGCUACAUGCUCAUCCUGUACUCCAACUACCUCAUCGACGUGUUGGACAACAGCCAGACUGGCUACAGCCAAAUGGCGGCUGCCAAGCAGGCCUCGCCGGACUGGAUGCAGCGCUUCGCCAUCUUCGCGCGCGAGCAGGAGCAGCUGCAGCGCAUGAGCAGCGCGCGCGGCGGCGGCGAGAGCGGCGUGGACCUUGUGUCGUACGUGGAGUACCAGAAGAAUCACCGCCUGGUGAUCCGCGCGCACAAGGACGCGCUGAUCGCCACGCGCACCUUCUGGCAGGCGCUGCUGCACAACAACGUCAAGUUCACGGCGCUGGCGGCCGCGCUCAACGAGAUCGAGCGCACCGUGCUCAAGGCGGAGGCUGCGUACAAGAUGGUUCUGGGCCGCUACCCGACCAACGCCAAGCUGGCCCGCACCUACGCGCGCUUCCUGGAGAACGUGGUCAACGACCCAUGGAAGGCCGCCAAGUUCUUCGCCAUUGCGGAGCGGCUGACGGAGAUGCAGGAGGCCGACGAGGCGGCGGGCGCGGAGAUGGCUGCCAGCGGCGGCGCGCAGGGCGAGGCGGGCGUGGAGAACCGGCUUCUGCACCGAGUGGACGAGCGCGUCAACGCCGUGUUCAUCAUCAACGCCAACGGCAUCAUCCAGAUGGCCAACAAGAACGCCUGCUCGCUGCUGGGCUACGGCAAGGGCGAGCUGGACGGCAAGAACGUCAACGUGAUCAUGCCGCCUCCCUUCAGCCAGCGCCACAACAAGUACGUGCGGCAGUACGUGCACACCGGCCGCGAGACCCUCCUGAACACCGUCGUCGCGCUGCCGGCGCUGCACCGCGACCGCUACGUCAUCCCCGUGCGGCUGGGGGUGACCAAGGUGUCGGGCGCCGCGGACAGCUCCACGUUCAUGGGCGUACUGGAGCCGGUGGCCACGGAGCGCAACGAGGCCAACGUGUACCUGCUGCCAGGCGGCACCGUGGCGGCGGUGGACCGGGCCUUUGUGGACUGGUUCGCCAAAGAGCUGGACGACUGCAUCGCUCAGCACCUGGCUGACCUGGCUGCCGACUCCCACUCAGCCAACACCAUUCGCGACACCAUCGAGUCCUUCUCCUCCGCCGUCACCAAGGCCCACGCCGGCCCCGGCACCGGCGGCAGCCCCAACGCCGCCGCGCACGCGCACGCCCCCCUCACCUCGCACGACGCCGCGGCGCACACCGCCGCCGCCAUCACCGCCGCAGAGGCGGCGGCGGCCGCCGCCACCGACAACACGGUCGUAGUCCUGCGCCACAAGUACGCGCCGCCGGUGCGUGUGACCAUCCGCCUGCGCCACGUCGGCGUCGGCUCGGAGUCGCUCGUGUGCGCAACGCUGACGCGGACCCAACCCCCGGUUAGCCUGGUGCUGGUGGACGGGCGCGGCCGCAUCGGCUUCAUUACCUCGGAGCUGGCGGAGGCGCUGGGCGCCACGCCGGAGGGCCUGGUGCAGCAGAGCAUCGCGGACCUCAUGCCGCCGCCCUGGAACAACCUGCACGCGCACGCGGGCAGCGCCGGCGCCGGCAACUGGUUCCGCCAGGCGGACUCCUCCAUGGCCAACAUCGGCGCGCCCAUGAUCGGGGACCACGCCGCCAGCGCCGCCGAGCCGGGGAGUGGAGGUGCUGGUGGCGGCGCCGACGUCGGCGCCGGAGGCGCCGGGGCCGCUGGAGGCGGCCACGGGCACGGCCACGGCCACGGGCACGGGCACGGGCACGGGGACGCGCACGGGCAUGGGCACGGCCACGGGCACAGCCACGGGCACGGCCACGGCCACGGGCAUGGGCAUGGCCACGGGCACGGGCACGGGCAGCAUGGGGCCCAUGGGUCCCACAGCAUGACGGGCAUGUCUGCAAGUGCGGCAGCGGUGCACAACGCGGUGCAGAACCGGGGGUUCGGACAUCGGCACAGCGAUACGGGGCGGUCGCUGGUGCACUGCGCGAGCGGACUGGUGUCGGCGGAGGCCGCCGCAGCGGCGGAGGCGGCUGCGGCGGGCUGGGCGCCGGGCCCGAAUGGGGAGUACCCGGUGAUUGAGGGCGCGCCGCAGGGCAGCUGCAUGGGCGGCACCACGGUCAUUCUCGGGUCCAGCAGCAAGGUGCAGGACUUAUACCGAGUCCAGGUGUCGGCGCGAGGCGAGGCCGCAGACGGCAGCGCCAUGCGUGUGGUGAUGGUGCGCAAGAGCAACAUCAACGCGGCGCUGCAGGAGCGGAGGCUGAGCAUUGUGGUGGACGCCGCAACCGGCAUCGUGUUGGAGGCCGGCAACAGCUCCCAGGGGCUGUUCGGUUUCAAGCCCUCUACACUUGUGGGGCGCAAUGUCAGCGACAUCAUCGCAGCGUUGCGACCCACGCCACCCACGAGUGCGGCCACGAAUGCAGCUGCCACAGGCGCGGGGGAUCAGGGGGCAGCUGGCGCUCCCGGUGGAGCAGCGGCAGCGGCCGCGGCACCCACAGGCGCAGCAGCAGCUGGCGGCAAUGGUAGCGGCACUGGUCAUGUGCAGCGCACUGACAAGGGGGAAUCCAAGGCUGGCGGCAAUCCCGCAACCACAGCCGCCACCAAGCCACGCGGGCGCCGGCCGCCCAGCAAGCGCUCGUCCAUCCUGUCCGUCAUCACGGGCGACACGCCGCUGAGCACCCAGCAGCUGUUGUGCCAGCUGGCGGCGGCAUCCAUGACCGUCAACGGUGCUAGCUGGCGUGUGGGCGUGACACCACCCAUGGAUGACCGGCUGCUGGACAACCUGGGGCUGCUUCGUGAUGCCUUCAUCGCGCGCCAGACACGGGCGGCGGUCAUGGAGGUGGACGUCCUCGUGCCGCCCUCCACACUUAUCAUGGGCGACCAUGAUGAGGAAGAAGAGGAGGAGGCGGAGGAGGAGGAGGAGAGGGAGGCGGAGGAGGUGGCGGCGGCGGCUGCUGGCCCCAGCUGGGAGGACUUGGGGACGAGGAAGCUGCAGGAGCAGGAUGGUGAGCCCACCAAACGCGACUGGGUGGACACGGCAGCUGGCUACGUUCAGGAGCAAAGCCCCGGCCUUGGGGGGCGUCGUUCGCAAAGCCACGCCCGCAGCAGUGGCGGCUUAAAGUCUGUGUCUGUCUCCAUGAAUGGCAACAUCAGCAAGACACGCUUCGAGGAUACCGCAUCGGCCAUGCCGCCAGGCUUGCCGCUGCCGCAGCCAUGGGAGCAGCAGCAGCAGCACACUGGUGCAGUCGCUGGGAAGGGUGCAGUGCUGACCCCGGCGGAGCUGCUUUGCGGCAGCGCCAGCAACGGCGGCCGGCCUUCGGGGCGCGGCAGUGAUGAGGUCAGCGAAGUGGAUCCAGCGGGUCACAUGAUCGACUUCUAUGCCGAGUCGCUCGUUGCAAAGGACGGCGGCAACAAGGCCGACGUUCUCGACCGCAAGGGGUCGAAGGCUGACUUUCUAAAGCUCGACCGGCUGGACAGCAAGCACCAGCUGGCUGCUGCAGCCAACGGCGGCAAGGGCUCGGUCGUAGCCACUGGCCAGAACGGCUAUGCGCUAGCGGUUGGACCUCAGCAUCAUCAAGCCAAACCAGGCACAGCGGCGACUCGUGGCGGUCGGGCCGGCGGGAAUGGCGGUGGCAGCGCGCGGUCGAAGAAGAAGAAAUCCCUCCUCAAUGCGCCGACCUUCCGUGAGAUGCAUGACAAGGGGCAGCUGUCGGUGGAGGCCGCCGCGCUCAUUGAGGCCGGGCUGACGGAGCUGACGGAAGCAGCAGCAGCCUCAGCGGCGGCGGCACCUGGUGCCGGCCAUGGCGGUGGCAACGGCGCCGCUGCCACGGCUGUCAGCGAAGGCAAUCCCAAAGGCACGGGUGAUGGCAGCAGUGGCGGUGGUCUGAAGCUGCGUCUGAACCUGUGGCGCUCGGAGAUGCUGUGCGGCGUGCUGGAGGUGGAUGGGCAGGGUGAGGUGGUGUCGGUGGCGCAUUCACAGCUGCACCCAGCUGGCUUGAUAUUCGGUAUGGCCACUGCCGGCCUGACCAAGACCAAGCUUGGUCGGUUGGUGUCACUGCCGCCCUCUGCCUCCAUGCCUGUGAAGUCCGCCGCUGGCACCGGCACGGGCGGCGCGGGCACAACCGGCGGCGGCAGUGGUGGCGGCGCAGUGACACCGGCACACCUGUUUGAGAUGGCUGCGGUGGUGGCGUCACCGGCAGAGACAAGCUCCCCCGGUGACCUCCGCAGCAGCAGCGGGCAGCUGCUGAGCCCGCGCGGGGAUGCGGCCAGCAAGUUGCCGGCUGUGAGGGGCGCGCUGAAGAGUAGGGCCAAGCAGGUCAAGGUGAGCCCCCUGCACCAGCUGAACGGCACCCAUGCCGACGGCGGCCGUCUGAGCCUCAACGUGCAGGCUGUGGUGCGUGAGGGCGGCGGCAGCCACUCCUCCACCUCCGCCUCCUCCCGCAGCUACGUCUUUGUGCGGCUGCGGGAGCCCGAGAAGCCCGCAGACCAGGCGUCCCUGCUGCGCGCUCUGCUGGCGGUGCUGCCACGCAAAGGCCACCACCACGGCCACCACGGCCAGAGGCAUGGCACCUCCAAGCGCCGCAGCAGCGUCCUUUCGCUCGGCGAUGCCCUGCAGAAACCGGCGGGGGGCGUGCCAAAGGCACCGACAGCGGUGCCGUCGCUGCCGCCUCCAACCGCAAGCGAUGGCAAGCAGCAGGGCGCGCCCGCCUGGCUCAAUGACCCCGAGGAGCUCGAGAAGGGCGAGGCGAUCGGGGUUGACGCCACACAAGCGGCGGGGGCACUGGCGGCGCAGCCGCAAGACCACAUCCCUGACCUUGGCGCUGCUGCUGCCGCGGGUGCGGCGGCGGCGGCGGCCACGUCGCCACGCAACCUGCGCGUUCCGGCCACGCUUGGCGGCAGCGGAUCUGACGACGAGGGCAAAGGCACCAUGAAGGGCAAAGGCGUAAAGACGGGUGCAAAGCUUGAGGACUCGGCCGGUGGCAACGGCUCUCAGAAUAGCGGCAGCGGCAACGGCAGUAAUGCCGGCGGCGACGUUCGGGCCCAGAUCCAGAUAAGUCCGCUGAUGCCUGGUUCCGGAUCCAAAGACAGCGACGAGGUGAUGGCGGCGCAGGCCGCCGCCGCCGUGGCUGCCGCUGCGGCGGCGGUGGCUGCAGCCGGUCCUCCCAAGCCUGUGGCGGAGGAGGGCGAGGGCAGCGAGGAAUACGACGAGGGGGAGGAGGAGGAUGACUGGGACGAGGAGGCGAGCGAGGGGGGCGGCACACCGCGCGGCGGCGCGUCGCCCCGGGCUGGCGAGGAGGGCGAGGAUGGGCGGCGCUUGGGGCCGGAGCGUAGCAGCAGCAGCGGCAGCAGCAGCAGCGAGGGCAGGGGCAGCCGCAGCCUUCACCGACAGUCCAGCUCUGGCGGAGGCCGCUCGCCGCUCACAGGCGGCGUCGGUCUGAGCCGGCACAGCACCGGCGGCAGCAGCAGCAGCAGCCGGAAGAACUCAGCCUCGCCCACAACCAAGGCCCGGCGCAACGCCGCAGGCGGGGCGGCCUUGCCGGACAAGGCGGACCGGAAGGGCAGCACCCUGCUGGACCGGAAGGUCAGCCUGGGCGUGGAGUCGAGCCAGGGCGCCGAGAGCACCGGGCGCAGGGUGCUGCUGAACACGCCCAGCAUGGCAGCGGCGCGGCAGCAGCAACAGCAGCAGCAGCGCGCGUUUUCACCCUCGCCGCUGGGCCGAGCCAGUCCAGAGCUGGCAGCGGGCGGGGCUGGCGGUGCCGAAAAGGGCGGGCCGGGGUCAUUGGCCAUCGGCGCGCUGGGCCGCACUCGCUCGCCCACACGGCGUGCUGCCUCCGCCGCAUCGCUGUUGCCGCACGCGGUCACGUUGGGCACCAGCGAGGUUGCCUCUCCCGACAAGCUCACGCCGCGGACAUCGCCCAGGCCCGGCGGCCUGCUGUUUUCGGAGCUCCGUUCCGCAGUGUUCAGCUCGGUGCCGCCGCUGGCGGCGGCGGGCGGCGGCGGGAGCGGCGGUGGCGAGGGCGGCGGGAGUGGCGCGUAUGAGGGCCCGGGCAGGGGAGCGGGCGAGGGGGCCCGGGGCGGAGGCGGAGGCGGAGGCGGAGGCGGGCCUGCGCCGCCGCCCGACGACCCCGAUGAGGUGGGCAGCCAGGGCAGCGCCAUGUCCGGCAUUGAGGAGGAUGUGGGCAUCACCGGGCACCACACCGACUACCGCCGCGGCAAGCGCUUCAAGAAGCUGGCGGCCAUGCUGGGCAGCAGCAGCGUGCAGCGCGCGGCGCGCGACUUCCGGUGGCAGGCGCUGCUGGCGAACGUGGCGCAGGUGGUGUCCAACCUGAUCUCCUUCGUGCUGCUGACGCUGCUGCUCAAGGCCCAGAUCAGCAGCGUGGAUCGCAUGACCUACACGGCGGUGGGGCUGCGCAAGGCCAACGAGCUGUUCAUCGAGAUGGUGCGGCUGGACAACAUCCACCGCGGCCUGUUCCCCAACACCUCGUGGUACACGCCUGCGUCGCUGAAUAGCACGGUGGACGAGCUGGGCUCCAUCCUGUACGAGUUCACCACACACCACGCCCAGUCUUACCUGGGCAGCGGCGCCGGCCGCAUCACCGACGCCACGCCCUACAACCCCACCAGCCUGCUGCACACAUGGAACUACCCCAUCCACAACGUCAUGAGCUUCUACAGCGUGGAGCCGCCCGCCGUGGCGCUCACGCCCACCUCGCUCUGGGAGCUGGGCACCCGCAUCAGCGAGCGCUCCCUGGAGGUUCACCACCUGCACCUGGAGCUGGCGGCCGCGGCCCUGGUCGGCGCGCCCUGGGCGGAGCUGCAGGCGCCGCUGCGCAACGCCACCGCGCCCUCCAACGGCGACCCCUACACAGACUUCAUCGCGGCCCGGCACCUGGCCGGCGCCUACCAGGCACUCAACGGGUCGCUGUUGAUGUCCUCGGCGGCGGACGCCAUCGCAAACAUCAGCGUCAGCGGCACCAACUCGACCGGCAGCGGGAAUGGAACGCAGCUGGCGGCGGCGGUGGCGGCGGCAACUAGCAACGGCCGGAGGCGGUUGUUACAGCAGUCCAUCGCAAACGCUAGCGUAACCACAAGCGGCAACAGCACCACCGCGACCUCGAACGCGACAGCGGUGACAGCCGGCCUCCAAGUAGCAGCCGCUGCCGGUGCCGUCGUUGCCUCGGCUGCCACAGCCAAUGGAACCGUUAACAUCACCGCUGUUGCCAACGCGAAGAACGUGACCUCCAACGGCCCGCCUCUGGAGUUCGCGGUGAUGACACUCCCGGACGGCACCAACUGGACGGUGCCGCUGCUGCCGGGGGCGGGUGUGGGGUGGAGCGACGCGUGGCGUUUCGUGAUGGCGUCUGGUCCCACGGAGCUCAACUCCGGCUAUGAAGAUACGCUGCUGGCGCUGGUGGACCGGGCUGUGGAGGACUCCAACGCCAUCAACCGCGUGCAGCUGGUGCUGAUGCUGGUGGAGGGCUGCGCCGUGGCCACGCUGCUUGUGGCGUACAUGUGGUGGCUGCAACACCGCGUCACGCAGCAGCGCUACCGCGUGUACAGCGUCUUCAUGGCGGUGCCGGUGGGCAUGAUCCGAGCGCUGGCCAGCCGCACCAUCCAGAUUAGUCAGGGCAGCGACAGCGACGAGGACUCGGACGAUGAGGACUACGCGUUACAGCAGCAGCAGGCGCAGCAGCAGCAGCAGCAGGCGCAGCUCAACAUCCGACAGGAGUCGCUGGCGGCAUCCGGCUCCUUCGGGCGCGGCCUCAGCGGCCUCAAGGGCGCGUUGGCGGUCAUCGGUGCCUUCAAACGCAACAGCACGGGCGACAAUGUGCUGUACGGAUCGGGCGCCCAGAGCUCCAAUGGCCGCAGCGGGCGCAGGAACAAGCGCAAGCUGGUCCUGAACAGCCGCGACUCGUUGAAGCUGCUCAUCCCCUUUGUGGCGUGGGGCGUCACCAUCUGCGUCAUCUACGCCGCAGGCUACUACUACCUCAACCAGGUGCAGGCGCCCGUCAACCUGCUGUCCGUCAUCGACACCUCGCUCAUCCACAUACACCGCCUGGUGCUGUACGCCUUCAUGACCUGCAGCGAGAUAGCCGGGCCCGCGAGAGAGGUGAUGCGCGGCCUGUUGGCUGAGGAGCUGUACGAGUUCAAACUGGCGUGGGACGUGACGCUGUACGGCAGCAACGCCACCACCGCGGGCCUGGACCGCCGCUACGACCGCGUGCACACGGGCGUCAGCUUCAUCAAGGGCAACAUGGCCACGGUGCUGUACCGCGAGAAGCAGUGCAGCCUGUUCGGCAUGUCCGACGUGGACCCCUGCCCCGCCCCAACCGACUCGUUGUACAUGGCCACGGUGCACGGGCUGUCGUACAUGGUGGACCGGCUGGUGGAGGACGUGGAGGGGCUGCUGGCGGAGCCGCUGGAGGCGGCCAACAUCAACUCCACGCGCCUGCAGUACAUCAUGAGCAUCGGGCAGGGGCCACUGGAGGCUGCGCUGUCAGUGCUGCACGGCGACACCGUCACGCACGUCGACAGCUACUACAAGCUGGUGGACCAGCUGCACGUGGCGGCCAUGGUGCUGAGCUGGGUGCUGGCCAUCGGCUUCGUGGUGCUCAUGCUGCGCCCCUUCCUGCGCCGCAACAAGGGCGAGACCACGCGCAUCGCAAAGAUGCUUGCGCAGCUGCCGGCGGAGGUGGACAUCGAGGGACUGGUGUUCAGGCUGCUGCUCGCCUCGCCCGCCAUCAACAGGCGCAACCGGCGCGCCUCAGUGGCCACCCUGAUCGCCGACGACCCCGUGCUGGCAGCCAAGCUGGCGCAGGCGGAGGCGCAGGCGGAGGAGCUGGCCAGCGGGGGCGCGGAGGCCAUGCAGCGCUUCACCAGCCACCUGGGCACCAACAACGGCGGAGAGCAGGGCCCGCCCCAGUUCGGAUCCUUCCGCGGCCGCACCAUGAGCAACCAGGGCUACUUAGCGUCGCCACUGCCAGGCGGCGGCGGCGGGGCGGGUGGCGGCGGCAGCCGCACGCCGCCGCCGCGCAGCCCGCUUGGGCCGUCGGGAGGCGGCGGCGGCGGCGGGAGUGGGAAGUUCGGUGCGGCCGUGUCUGCGGCCAUGGUGCUCAAGGGCAACCAGGUGUCGCCGAUGCCGUCGCCGCGCAAGGGCCCUGGGGGCGGCAGCGGAAAGGGCGCCUGGGUUUAGUGGGGUGCUGGGGCACGGUGGAGGUGCAGGCGGGGCACAGGCGGCAGGAGGGAAGGGGCGCUGCGAGCAGGCGCAGGUUGGUGUCGGACUUGGAAAACCUAAAACCCAUUGAACGUUGAAGUAUGCCGGCCAGAAAGCACGGUGUAGGCAAAACAUGUUGCUUUGUAUGGGAACCCACUCCGGCCACGUGCAUUGCAUUGAUGAGAAUCAUAGCAUUGAAGAGGAGGUUACGGGACCGGCCACCCGUGUUUGAAUCGGACGAUCUGAAACAGGAAGUGGUGCGCUGCGGGUAUUGCUUGGUUUGGUCAGGGAACACAAGGCAAUUGACGUGGGUGCUAGAGUUGUACACCGGUAUUGGGGCUGCGCGAGGAAGGCAGCUGCGCAUCACAUACCUGACUUCUGGUCUUGGGCCCACACUGGCAUUCUUGAGAUGAUCUUGCUCCUGUACUGCGAUGUGGACCUCAGGACUUGAGGGUGAGACGGGACGUGAGAUGGAUAGGUCGCGGCCGGGCGUAGCCCUUUUACGUUACAGUCUCGCUUGAUGACAACUAACGCUUUGGCGUUCGCAGUUUUGAAAGCCGGAGACGUGUCAUUUGUGCCUGGUUGCGUGCUGGCGUUGGGCAUUUCAUUUGAGGUGGCCUGGAAUACGGCUCAGUUGCUCGAGGCUGUGCCACGGGGCCCUCUGGCAGUCUUUAUCGAUGCCGUGCGUACACAUCCGGCCGUAUGUAUCUAGUAUGAUUCACCUUUUGGGCACAGCGCAGGCCCUGUGGAAAAAAACGUACAUGCUGAUGACGCGCUGACGUGUGGCGUGCAGCUCGCCAGUGUGCCGUAGUGAGCUCUAAAUGACACAACACAUGCAGAAGGCGGACGUGGUUCCGAGCCUUCCGACUGUAGGUUGCAGUUGGCCGCGUGCUUGAAUGAGUGCGCUGCCCAAGUUACGAUCCUCCGUACGCAUUGCCGUACGCACCUCGUAUAAAUCUUUUGGCAAGGGGGGCAAGCCUGUUCGCGCAGGCUGUGUGUGGACUGGAUGAUUGCAGCGGAAGGGACUUUUUAUGCCUCUUUCAGGGCUUUCACAGCCAAAGGAAAACCUGAUUCAUGCUCUGACGUUCCUAGCCAGUAUUUUGGUGGAUUUGUGUGGGGUGCAGGUAUGGCAAGCACUGUGCCGCCCGUGUUUUGUUUAGCACGGUGUGCGCAUGGCCAUCGCUUUUUUUCAGCGAACGGAACGAAAUGGGGAAGAGCUGGGGGCACUGGGGGUGACGCAAUCGGUACCACACGAGGGGGAGUUUACUCUCGCUCGGAGACAGCAAUACCUGCCGCCUGUGAUGUGGAUCUGGUUGGAAGGCGGCGGCUCAGCUCUCAAACGCAAACGCACAAGUUUGCAUAUUUGAGUGCAAGCCGCUUGUAAUUACGCUGUCGGAUUGGUAGACGAGGCAGAUGGUAUGUAUGACUGUGAAACACACUGCCGCAUUGUAUGAGUGGGCACUUGGCAAUGACACAUCAUUGGGUUUGCAAUGCAAGUAGUGUAAGGCUGGGGCCUGGGAAAGCACCGUCUUCCCUUGCCGCAAGGUGCCUUGCAGCGCCGCUUUAAGCGCUGAUGCGAACGGUGAUUAUUGCAAACAGCCAUUAUGGGUUUGUCGGAGGGGUCACACAGAUUAUUGCUCGACGCCGGCUGAAGGGGUCAGUGGACGGGGCCUCCGUCGACCUUAACUUUCCAGCCUGUGUAAUGUUGCAACACA